AUGGCAAAUCAAGCCAAACCGAGACCUCUAUUACUCGAAAAGAAACCAGUUGAGUUUGUUAAACCCUUAAAACACACACCUUGUGGAAAUCUUUCCCUUUCUACUUUAGACAAUGAACCUAUCAACGAACCUAUGUAUGCAUAUAUUUACGUUUAUGAACCAAACGAGAAAAACCAAAAUGAUCCGGUCUCUCUUCUUAGGAAGGCUUUGUCCGACCUUCUGCUGUACUAUUAUCCAGUUUCAGGCAAGCUAGUGAGACGAAAAAGUGAUGGAAAGUUUCAGCUGGUUUGUAUUGGGGAAGGAGUGCCUUUCGCAGUUGCUACAGCAGAUCAUGAUCUCUACUCUCUAAACUAUGUAGAAAACUUUGCCGAUGAAGUUGCAAUGCAACUUGUGCAUGAGCUCGAUGUUAAUUUUCAAAGUGACAAUGGCUGUGAUCCUCUCUCUUUGCAGGUGACCAAAUUUUCUUGCGGUGGAUUCACCAUUGGCAUAGCAGUGACGCACGUGUUGUGUGAUGGCUAUGGUGUGGCUACGAUCUUCAAUGCUCUAACCGAGUUAGCCAGCGGAAAGAGCGAGCUAUCGGUAGUGCCGGUGUGGCAAAGAGAGCGACUGGUCGGGAAAUUAGACGGUGAGCCGGCUAAAGUACCCGGCGCUGAUUACGAAGGUCUUAUGGCCACAUCACCAUAUAUGCCAAGCGGUGAUAUGGUCACAGAGACGGUAAACAUUAUGGCUGAAAAUAUAAGUGGGCUUAAAGACACUGUGGUACUUAAGGAGCGUUUCACUACUUUCGAAAUUCUUUGUGCUUACAUAUGGAAAGCAACAUCUCGGGCCUUGAAGCUAAACUUAGACGGCAUCACUGUUCUUAUCAUAACCGUCGGAAUCCGAAAUGUUCUAGAUCCACCACUCCCCGAGGGUUACUAUGGUAACGCUUACAUAGACGUUUAUGUUGAGAUACCUGCAAGAGAGCUAGAGGAAUCAUCGAUCUCUGACAUUGCAAAGCUCGUGAAGAGAGCCAAGAAAUCAUCUCUUGACAAGACGCAUAUCGUGGAGGAGCUAAGGAACUCAGAGAGAUUGAUGAAAGAAUAUGCCAAAUUCGAAGGAGUAGCUGAUGGUGUAUUUCUAUUGACAGACUUGAGAAACACCGGAUUGUUCGAGUCCAUGGACUUUGGUUGGAACAAGCCUGUGAAUAUAUGGCCGCUGACACCUCAGAAGUACGAACGUAACUUCGGGAUUAUCAUGAGACCUCCGAAGUUGGAUCCAUCAAUGGAAGGUGAGGCUAAAGUUGUCAUGACAUUGCCAAGAAAUGCAAUGGUUAACUUGAAGAAAGAAAUGGCUAAAGAAGUCGAUCGUGGGUUAAAGCUCAUGAAACCAAGGCUUUAG